AGUGUUCCGUGGUUCGCGGUGGGAAGGAUUAUUCGGUGAUUUAUUUUAUUUUCGUCUUCUGGAGUUUGGUUGUUGCUCGUGUUGAUUUGCAGGGUUACCGAUCGGGAAGAGCCCGGGGAAUAUAACCUGAAGGGGCAAGAAGCUCGCCGCUGCUCUCUAUGCUUUGCCCGCUUGCUCUCGGAGUGUGACCCCGUCCUGCUUUCUUUCUGGAGGAUCUGCAUGUCGGUUUUGUUGGAUGGUGACACGUCUCUCGCACAGCCCCUGAAACAGAGCACAGCGGGACCAGGGAGAGCGGGGCUUUUAAAUGGAUCGCCAAUCUAGCCUCCUAUCUCUCUGGCUGCAACUAGAACUCUGUGCCGUGGCCAUCCUGCUGACAAAAGGCGAAAUUAGAUGCUACUGUGACGCCCCUCACUGUGUUUCAACUGGCUACAUGUGCAAAUCGGAACUGAAUGCCUGCUUCUCGAGGCUACUCGACCCACAGAACCCCAACUCACCCCUCACUCACGGCUGCCUGGACUCCGUCUCCAACACAGCAGACAUCUGCAAAGAGAAAAUAGAACAGAACCAGACUGGAGCGUGGGUUCUGAAGCUGGAGUGCUGUCACGCAGACAUGUGCAACUACAGGGGGCUGCACGACGUCCUCUCUCAUCCCAGGAACGAUCCAUCAGCAGGAACUGGUGGCAGGUACCAGCAUGAGAACACACGGAACCUCAUCACCAAGGUUCAGGAGCUGACCUCUUCCAAAGAACUGUGGUUCAGGGCAGCCGUGAUUGCCGUUCCCAUCGCGGGUGGAUUAAUCUUGGUGCUGUUGAUAAUGCUGGCCCUGCGCAUGCUCCGCAGUGAGAAUAAGCGACUGCAGGAUCAGAGGCAACAAAUGCUUUCCCGCUUGCACUACAGUUUUCACGGACACCACUCAAAAAAGGGUCAAGUGGCCAAAUUGGACUUGGAGUGUAUGGUACCAGUGACUGGACAUGAAAAUUGCUGCUUGACUUGUGACAAAAUGAGGCACACCGACCUCGGCAAUGACAAAAUCAUCUCACUGGUCCAUUGGGGCAUGUACAGUGGUCACGGGAAGCUGGAAUUUGUAUGAUGGCGUUUCGGAUGAUGGUCCAGUAGUAGAGUGUGGUUCUGCUGGAUAGAAGCACUUUAUUGUUAAUAUAUAUUAUUAAAAAACUGACCUUCCUGAGAAAUGGGGGGACGUGGGAUCUUUGGCGCAGUGAAUAUUUGAUGUUUUUGUGUUGGGAUUCCAUAAAAGACGUUAUUUGCACAGAUAAAGACUUAAAAAGACUUUUUAAUUUCUCGCUUUGCUUCGCCGGGAAGCGAGACACGGAAGUUGUACACACUGUCACCAAGGUUUUCUGAAGUUUCGGGACCUAAUAAACUGUACACAUUGUAAAAGCUCAUAUGUAUAAUGUAAAGAUUUUUUUUUUAAAUAUAUAUAUUUUGUCUGAA